AUGUCGGUUGGAAUUUGGACCCCUCCUUCUCCAAAGUCUCGAACAACUACGAGGAUACUCUCGAACCCGAGCGAGCAAUGGAAGCUUUCCCUUCAGGAAGUCAAGUUGCUUCAUCUAAGAUGCCGUUACAAGCAAUGCGCUGCGCGUUCCAUGGAGGUUUUGACUAAAUACGAAGACCAGCUCCAUAAAAUCCAUGAAGCAUACUUUCAAUACUACAUUGCAGCAUCAUACGAAAACCUAGGACGAGCCUCCCACAACUUUUCUGGGAAUAAGAUUCCCCUUUUACGAAUUGCCAUGGAUAGUUUCAUAGCUUGCAAAUCUUCUCUGGAAAGUGCCUUUACAGAUCCCGCGCGUACUGAGGAGCUAGAGCCAUUUCCUGAUUUUAACAAUGCGGUUGGUCGAUACCCUGAAUGCGAGCCUUAUGUUGCCAGUCAAGGAUAUAUAUUUUACCAGAUUGCAAGGGAGAACUCACGUCCACCCGCUCUUUUUCAGGUCCGAUGUUGUGAUGAACCAAGUUUGGCAGGGACCCAAACCCGCGCAAAGAGAGGAGGGAGGCAAUGCAUAGAUGUCAAGGCUGAUUUCAUUCCUCAGCCACUUCAGAUCCGCAAGAACCGCAAGGAUAUUAUGCCGCAGUACAACCAAGUUUACAAAAAGCCAUUUGCUACUACAUCUGGAAGACCUCUCCCUGAGCCUCCCAUCUCUAUCUCCGUCAGUCCUGCACCAGAAGCUAUCAACGGCACCGCAGCCUUCACACCACCUCCAACUCCAAAAUUCAUGGAUAGCUUUCCGGAAGAAUUAGAAAGUAAGGAGAAACCGACACCACGUAUGAUGAGCCUGAUUGCUUCACUUUCCUCUCAGAUAGAUGAGAAUGUCAGGGAACUGUCACUGCUCAUCAGCAGAACAAUGGAACUCCAACGUAUCCAUAAAGCUAGAAAGAUGAAUCGUCUGGCUUCCUACUGGAGUUUCACACCUACGUAUCCCAAUGGGCCGUCUACCAUCAAUGGAGAUACCGAGGCAUACGAUGCACGGCAUGACCCGUGCACCAAUGGACGGGCUAAUGGACAAUCUACACUUUCUGGUGAAGGGAAACAGCAGCGUAUUGCGCGUCUGAAAGCCGAAGGAUGGAACACGGUUGGUAUCAAAUCGAUUGAACGUGGUUGGAAGGGAACGCUCCACUAUGAUAGACUCUGCAGUGAAGCACUUUCGGAGCUAUAUGAGUCCUAG